UAGGCUACUUUUGAGCUGAAAUGAUUGGUUAUUCCCCUGUGGUCUGGACGAACACAGGAUGAUGUGACGAUGAUAAUCGCUGCUGAAGUUGGCGCGCCUCGGGCUGUGAUUGGCUGCAGCCUGACGCCUGUUGAAUAAAAGCCAGAGGCAAGAGCCGCACUGACACCAGCACUGCCCAGAUAGGACCUGUCCACUCUAAACUCUCAACCACUCUCACUGUGCACUGUCCCGGGAUGACGGGCAAAGACGGAGUGGUGUUGUCGGACGCUGAAAACAAGGAGAGGAGCACAACUCACAGUGGGAUGGCGCACGCGGGGCAGCAGAAUGCUGCUUGGAAGCUGGGGCCAGCUGUGCCGAGGCGCACGGGCUUUGGGAUUCAGGAGCUGCUUGGUCUCAAUAAGGAGACGCCCGCUGCACCGCGGCGGCCACUCGAGACGCUUCCGCACCGAGCACACGCACUGGUAGCGCGAGGGCCGCUGGGCCCCGGGCCGCUGCUGCUGGGGCCCGAUGCAAUCCACUCCUUUUAUCGCCAGCCCGCUUUUCUAGAGGCGCUAUCCGAGGCUCAGCACGUGCACCUGCCACCGCUGCACAGAGACGCGCACGUGGAUGCGCACUUGGACCCGCGCUCUUCCAGCUCUGAUUCAGAUGACAUGAGCAUCUCUGGAGAUAAGAAGUUUAAGUCAUCAAUGAGUCAGAACAAGAAAAGAAAGAAAAGAAGACACAGGACUAUCUUCACAUCGUACCAGCUGGAGGAACUGGAGAAAGCCUUUAAUGAAGCCCACUAUCCAGACGUUUAUGCUCGGGAGAUGCUCUCAAUGAAGACAGAGCUGCCAGAAGACCGCAUCCAGGUGUGGUUUCAGAAUCGCAGGGCCAAAUGGAGGAAAAGGGAAAAAUGCUGGGGGCGCAGCAGUGUCAUGGCAGAGUAUGGUCUUUAUGGGGCUAUGGUCCGUCACUCCAUCCCACUGCCAGAGUCCAUCCUAAAGUCAGCCAAGGACGGCAUCACAGAAUCAUACGCACCAUGGUUACUAGGUAUGCACAAGAAAUCUGUUGAGACCACUCACACCUCUCCAAGCAAAACCUGCAGCACAAUACCAACACCUGUACAAGACAAAGCAGAGGACAAAGCAGUAGAGGAGGACAAGGAAAAGUGGACAAAGGACACUGUCUUGGACUUUUCCAAAGAAGAGAUGCGAGAGAACAGUAUUGCAGUUCUGAGGGCCAAGGCACUCGAACACAAUGCCAAGAUAUUGUCAAAAGUCUCUGACAAAGUGCAAAAAGACGAGGAGGAGGCGAUGGAGGAGAAGGCGAUGGAGGAGGAGACAGAGGUGAAAAAGACCAAUUAA